UCCCACUGGAAACACCGAAUCGAAUCCCAAUGGCCAAAGAGCUCAACAUGGAAGAAAAGUUUUAAUUGAGGAAAGGAAAAUUUAUCCUUCCGACAGUUACCUUGGCAGUGGACAAGUGGUGAAAAGUGAAGUGAUAUUAAAAAAAAAAUUGAAAAAAAUGAACUCCCGUACUUGAAGAAGCAGAAUUCAAAGUGAUAACGAUCAUCAUUCGGUAGAAUAUUUGCAGCAUAAAGAAGUUUCACCCGUUUCUCAGAACGUUUUCGGAGCGAAGGCGAAGAAGGCGAAAAGUUGACAGUCGAGAUUUGCUCAAGUGAAACUGGAGACUGGCUGGGUAUGAUUCUUUCGCUCCAAUAAAUUUGGCUAGGUGUACCAUUCGAGAAGGGAACGAGGGUGGUUUGGAGGAUUGAAUCGAAGAAGUGAACCGAAAAUCUGCCGUUUCCAGCUGCAAGGACACACGGACUGUCUACGGAGCAGAAAAGAACUGAACUACUGAUUUGCAUCGACUGCUUAGGGUUGGUCCUUGCGACAACAGCUGGGCGGACUACCGUUGGAGUGGAAAAUCGAUCCGCAGUAGGUGGUGAAAGUUUUUCUUUUCGAUUUUGGACCCACAAGCAGGACGGACCGGCAUCAGCAUGGACAUCGAUAUCAUCGACAUUCGGACGCUCGGAUAUCUCUCCAGCACAAGCACGGUAGUAUCUGCGACUACAAUAUGUAACCUAACGGCGGUGGCCAACCAAACCGACGGGUCCGGCGAUGGCGGAGGGAGCGGUGGGGGAGGAGGAGGCGGUGGCACUGGACCCGACGACGGCGACGAUGACGACGUGGACGCUUUAUCGCCUCUAUCGAUGUCGUUUCUCGGUGUUUUCCUAUCGAUUGUGAUAUUUCUGUCCGUAGCUGGUAACAUCCUAGUGUGCAUAGCAAUCUACACCGAGCGGAGCCUGCGGCGGAUCGGGAAUCUCUUCCUGGCGUCGCUUGCCAUCGCCGAUCUGUUCGUGGCAUCGCUGGUGAUGACGUUCGCCGGUGUCAAUGAUUUAUUAGGCUACUGGAUAUUCGGGGCCCAGUUCUGCGACACCUGGGUGGCGUUCGAUGUUAUGUGUUCAACCGCUUCCAUCCUGAAUCUGUGCGCCAUCUCGCUGGACCGGUACAUCCACAUCAAGGAUCCGCUCAGAUACGGCCGCUGGGUAACGCGGCGGGUUGCCAUCGGGACGAUUGUCGUCAUCUGGCUGCUGGCGGCGCUGGUCUCGUUCGUGCCGAUCUCGCUCGAUCUCCACCGGGACAAGCGAGACGAAACGGACACCUCGCUCAUCAUCAACGGCGUCAAGUACGAAACGUGCGCCCUGGACCUGACGCCCACCUAUGCCGUCGUUUCUAGUUGUAUAAGUUUCUACGUACCUUGUAUAGUAAUGAUCGGUAUCUACUGCAGGCUCUACUGCUACGCCCAGAAGCACGUCAAGUCGAUACGAGCGGUGACACGGCCGGGUGAGAUCAGCGAGAAACGCUACCGCAGCAUACGGAGGCCCAAAGCGAGCAAGAGCAAGCUGAAACUUCGACAGCUGGCGCAGCAGGCGUCCUCCCCGUACCACGUGUCGGACCACAAGGCGGCCAUUACCGUGGGCGUCAUCAUGGGCGUCUUUCUCGUCUGCUGGGUGCCGUUCUUCUGUGUAAAUAUUAUUGCCGCGUUCUGCAAGACCUGCAUCGGGCCGCAGACGUUCAAGGUGCUCUCCUGGCUGGGUUACUCCAACUCGGCCUUCAAUCCGAUCAUCUACUCCAUCUUCAACACGGAGUUCCGCGAGGCAUUCAAGCGAAUCCUGACGACGCGGAGCUCCUGGUGCUGCGGGCAGGAGAUGGGUAACAUCUACCCGCGGCACAGCGACCGGUACGUGACGGACUACGCGGCCAAGAAUGUCGUCAUGAACUCUGGUCGAUCGUCGGCCGACCUCGAACAGGAUGACGAGGAUGAUCAGGAGUACUUUUCCAUCUUCUAACCGACCAUUUAAGUUGAUAUUUUUGUUGGGC